GGCAGAAGAAUUGAUCAUGGCGGACACGAUCAAAGAAGCUCGUAAUGAGUAGCUGGUAAAAAAUUGGGAAGAUUAUAUGAAAAGCUAGCUUGAUAUGGCCGCUAACAACUGUCGAAACUUCCUGAGACUGGCUAGUAUUCAGGGUGUUUGCCAUGUUGGACAAAGAGGAGUUCUAGGUAGUCAUGGUGUGACAUGUUUCCCUGCCAUGGGGGUAGCACCCCCUGUCACUAAGAUUCUUGGUGUCAGAUAUGCAUAUCAACCAAAAGCAAGACAACAGAAAAACGAAGAUGUUGUACCAAGCUACAGAAUUGGAGUCACCAAAGGCCAAGACUCACAUCAUACAGGAAAUUUAAAGGGAAGUUUGUGGGCAUCAGAGAGGAUGAUGGAUGAUAUCAUGAUUCGCAAGCUUGUGGAAGGAGUCAUGCAUGAAUAUUUGGUUUCUGAGAUUGUCAUCAAACGAAGAGCAAAUCGCAUUAACAUUGUUUUUCUUGUGCCCGCCGUUGUGAACCUGCCAAAGUUUUACUUCCUAGUAGGAUUUACAGAGACGCUGCUUACUGAAAUGCUUGAGUGUGUUGUGAAAUUGGAAUGUCAGUCUUCCAUGUAAAACACCUGUUUUCCAUGUGUUUAAUUCAAUCUUCAAAUCUGGGGCGUCUUAACGUGCUUGACACAAGAAUGAGGAACAAACCCUUUCUAAGAACUGUAACACUUGAGUUGUGACGAACUUGUGCGCUCUCUUGCAAUCCAACAUCUUUAAAAUUUAGUAAACUCAGCAGUGGCCCUCGAGAGCCAAAACGAGACGUUUGAUAGAUUAAAUAAAAAUGAAUUGUCCUUAGUUCUUUCAAGGUUA